CACACUCUCGCGAGUGCGCCGCGACUUAACACGGGCGAGAGGGAGAUGGAGAGAAAUGAGGUCUGAAAAGGACCAAAUGACCGUGGGCAAGGAGAAAAGCGUCGUCGAGAUACAGUUUCGUGACCUCCCGAGAGAGCAGGAAAACACUCCCGGUAACCCCAAGCAGAAAGAGGAGAAGAAGGAGGUUUUCACCAAGGUGGUGCUCAGAAGGCUUCCACCUAACCUGUCAAAGGACCAGCUGGAGGAACAGCUCAGUCCACUGCCAUGCUAUGACUACUUUGAGUUCUUUCCAGCGGAUCAAAGUCUCUAUCCACACUUGUUCUCCAGAGCGUACAUCAACUUUAAAAACCCCGAAGACAUCCUGCUGUUUAGGGAUCGAUUCGAUGGUUACGUCUUUAUCGACAACAAGGGCCAGGAGUAUCCUGCAGUUGUAGAGUUUGCACCCUUCCAGAAAAUCUCCAAGAAGAAGCUUAAAAAGAAAGAUGCUAAAGCUGGGAGCAUUGAAGAAGACCCAGAAUAUAAGCGGUUCCUGGAGAAUUACUCCUGUGAUGAGGAGAAGUCUAUGGCCAACCCUGAGACUCUUCUGGGGGAGAUAGAGGCUAAAACCAGAGAGCUCAUAGCCAAACGGACAACACCACUGUUGGAGUACAUCAAAAAUAAGAAAAUUGAGAAGCAGAGAAUAAGAGAGGAGAAAAGAGAGGAGAGGAGAAGAAGAGAGCUUGAAAAGAAACGGCAGAGGGAAGAGGAGAAAAGGAAGCGACGUGAGGAGGAGAGGCGCAAACGGAAAGAGGCAGAGAAGCAGAAGAAAUUAUCUGAUAAAGACAUAAAAAUUAAGCUCCUGAAGAAGAGUGACAGGGAUGAUGACAUGGAUUCAGACAGAAUUAAGGACAAAUGUGACAUUGGGGAGACAGACAGAGGCAAAUGGGAGAAAGCAGGAGGCCAAAUGAAGUCAAAGGACUCCAAAGAAAAAGGUCAGCCUGAGAGCGACAAGGAGCAGAGGGAGCAGCAUGGCCGCAGACAGAGAGACAAGGAGCACCGAGGGAAGGAUGAAGAGAGGAAACGACAGCGGAACCACUAUGAGUUUGACAAGUUUAUGCGCCGCAAAGAUGAGACCAAAUGGGGAAAGGGCUACUGUCAGGAUCGGGCCAAGAAAGAGGGGCAUCACCACGGAUACUCUUACUGUCCUGACAGUGGAGACAAACUGGGCAAGGAAGACAGGGAGGACCUGGGUAACAGGAAGGAACGCCUCCGAAACAAGGUGAGCGAGAAGGACCGUCCAGCCAUGCAGCUCUAUCAGCCAGGCGCACGCAACAGGAAGCGCAUGAGCUCCGCGGGCAAAGGCUACGACUGCAUCCCUGUGGGCCACUCUCCUGAACCCGGGACAGAGCACUGUUAUGAGGUCGUCACCAUGACAACAGGGCUGGAGAAGGGGUUUGAGAAAAGCAAAGAUGAACUGUGAGCAGUAUAGACGAUUAUAGAAAGUACACAUAAAUUAUUGGGCUUUUUAGCCUACGUUGAUGGUGAGAGGUUUGACUGGUUAUCAUUGAGAUUUUGAAAAUAACAAACUCCACUGACGGAGAAAGGCUCUUCAAAAGCAGCAGUCUUUCGGUAACUUUCAUCUGCAUUAUGUGUAUUACGGUUCAGAGCUUUGAAUGUUGGUCAAGGCAUUUGUUUUGCUGAAGCAUGAACAUUUUUUGCACGCACUAAACAUUUAACUGUCUCACUGAUUAGUAUUAAAGAAACAUCAGAGUAAACCGAAAGCUGAACGUUGAAUGCAUGGUGUAAACCAUGUGGAGAAUAUUGAGAACAGAGGCAAACAUUAGUUGUUACCUUCAGGAGAGCACAACAGUUAACUCACUCUUUUCACAGUAAUUUGGUAUAUUACAUGUACUGUUUUGGUGCAAAUGCUCAGAUCCUGCUGGCUACUUUUCAGUUUCCUCAAAGCUUUUUCACAUGAAGCAGUGCAGCGUUCUUCCUUUUGCUCAUCAUGUGUCCCUGUUAGAGGCAGCUCACGUCUGGCGUCCAUCAAUAACUUGCAAGUGGAACCUCAUCACCUGAAACAGAUCUUGUUACCCAGCCUUUAUAGAAUCCACUGGACCUGGAUGUUUUUAGAAAUCUUAUAAAGUUUUAUUAAAACUAAAUAUAAGGUAAGUCAAACUUACAAAUGAUGGAUGUAGAAAAUGUUAUAGAUUAAAUCGUGUGUAUUUCUGUGUGUAAAGGUGUGCGAAUGAGAAGGGGAUAAGAGAUAUUAUUGAUGAAGAGUCAACAUGUCACCAAGUUUUCCCACUUCUCCCUAUGUUCUAUGUGUCUUACAUGGGGUCCAUCGUAUUCUAGGUGUCAUACAACAGAGACAAUAUUUUUUUGUGAUCAAAGCUUUGUACAUGUUCACCCAUGAGCCAAGAAGAACAUACUCUCUACAUUUCUAUAAAGCAUUUCCAAAAAAUAAAAUGUAAAGUUGAAAGAUACAACACAGAUGAACGGAAUGCAUAUUCUAUGUUGUGUGUGUGGUUUUCUAUUGAUCUUGUCAACUAAAUGUAAUUGAGAGGACACAAAUGUUGAUGAAGUGAUAUAGUGUGUUUAACAAGCCUUAUAUUAUUUUUGCACAUGACCUAACAUUUGUCUAUUAUACCUCUUUCAUCAUUUUGUUCCUUUCAGUUGUGAGAAAAUAAAGCUCUUCAACCGAC